AUGUCGUGUCGGACAACUAUCGAUGAUAUUCACAAAGCACACGAAAGGAUAAAGCCGUUUGUUCACAGAACACCUAUUUUCACAAGUUCGACUUUCAAUAAUUUAAUUGGAAGAGAAGCAUUUUUCAAAUGUGAAAAUUUACAGAAAACUGGAUCUUUUAAAGCAAGAGGAGCACUAAAUUCAAUUUUGAAAUUGAAAGAAACAGAUCUAGAUUUAAAAGGAGUGGUCACUCACAGCAGUGGUAACCAUGGCCAGGCUACAGCUUGGGCGUCACGUAUGUCAGGUGUCGAAUGUUCGGUUAUCAUUCCAAAAAAAGCUUCUAAGGUCAAGGCUGCGGCUAUUAAAGGUUAUGGAGCAGAAUUGAUAUUUUGUGAACCUUACCCAAGUGGAAGAAAAGAAACCUGUGACAAGAUAGUAAAAGAAAAAGGAUAUGCCAUUGUUCACACGGCAGACCAUGACAUUAUCGCCGGACAGGGUACCAUGGCAGUGGAGCUUUUAGAAGAAGUACCAGAUCUGGAUGCAAUACUAGUAUCGGCUAGUGGAGGCGGAAUGAUCUCUGGUAUAGCCAUUGCAGCUAAAGCUAUUAACAAAAACGUAAAAGUAUUUAUGGUAGAACCUGAAGGCAAAAUGGCUGAAAAGUGCAUGCGAUCAGGUGAAAGAUUGUGGCCAAACCCUCCAAAAAUUCUGGAUACGAUAGCAGACGGGAUUAGUCAACAGCAAUUAGGUCAUCUCACUUUUCCUAUUAUCUGCGAUCUAGUAGAAAAGGAUGUCUUCACUGUUGGUCAUGAAGAUAUUAUAAAGGGGAUGAAGUUUGUAUUUCAACAUAUGAAGUUGGUAAUAGAAGCCGCUUCUGGAGCAACAGUAGCUGCUGCCAUGUCAGAAAAGUUAAGACAAAUGGAUCCUAGUAUAAAGAAAAUUGGCAUUAUAAUAUGUGGUGGAAACUUUGAUAUAGACAAACUACCAUGGUUCUCGCAGAAGGAACCGAAGGGAUAGCAAGCUAUAAAACACGAGCAGUUUAUUUUGUAUACUAAAUACUGUAUGAAUCAAUAGAAUAUGCUUAUAUACUUCUA